CGGCGGGAGGGAGGGAGUGGGUGAGAGAAGGUGGCGUCCCGCUUAUUUAAAGGAGCUCGCGGAGAACUCAACGCUCUUUUAAAUUAUACUGGCGACACCUGCAUACUGGGAGAUGGUGUCUCCACUUUUGUUGGUGCUACUGGGCGCGGCUCUGGCGGACUCUUUAGGGGCUCCUCGAGGAUUCUCUAGAUAUGGAUCUUGGAAUUCCGGUCGGUAUCCCGUUUGGAGAGAUGGAGAUCCAAGAAACAAAAAUGUUUGGAGAGGAGGAGGUGUAUCUUUCAGAAUAGGAAAUGAUGGCCCCACGCUGACUGGUGCCAAGGUGACUUUUUCCAUUCAGAUCAAGUUUCCCCAUAACCAGAAUGUAACAGAGGACGGAGACGUGGUUUGGACCCACAACUGUACAGUAAAUGGCACACAGUAUCAGGGUGGAGAUCCAAUUUAUCCCAGUGAAGGCUCUUCAGCAGGAUGGAGUGGCUUCUUCCCAAAUGGAGCACCUUUCCCUAGGACCUUCAAUCGAAGAAAGCCCAGAUUUGUGUUUGUCUGGCAGACCCGCGGGAAAUUCUGGCAGGUGGCAGAUGGACCAUCCUCAUCUCUAACAAUUGACACAGAUGAUAUUCCCCUGGGAUCCUAUUCUAUGGAAGUUGUCGUGUAUCAUUCUCGUGGAAAGGAUAAGUUUGUCCCACUUGGUCAAGCUGCAACUCAAUUCACUGUUACAGAUCAGAUCCCAUUCUCUUUGUUAAUCUCUCAGAUCAGUGAUGUCAACCGAGCAGACCAAAGCUUCAUCCAGAACAAAGCAAUCUCUUUCGUGAUUCACCUACAUGACCCAAGUCAGUAUUUGCAGGAUGCAGAUAUAGCAUUCAACUGGGACUUUGGAGACAACAGUGGAACACUGAUUUCUCGCAGCUUACAAGUCACUCACACCUACCUGAGUGCUGGUGCUUUUAGGCCUCAAGUCACCUUGCAAGCCUCCAUUCCGUCAGCCAGCUGUGGUACUUCUGGGGACAUACCCACACCUGGAGCCACCACAGAAGGCUCUGGAUUAGUUACUUCAGACCCACCUACAACUCCUCAACUAGCUUCUACAGCUCCAGCCGAAGUUUCUGUUGUCCCAGUUCAGCCAUCUACCCCUAGUCCCAUCCUGACCACUAAUCCUACUGUCCCUUCCAACUUGGAUCUGGCUGUUCCUGCUUCAGUGGAGGUUCCAGCUAAUGAUGCCACACCGUUGAAUGAAAUGGCAAAUGUGGCUUCUCAGACUCCUGAGGAGGCUGCUGUAGUUCCUGUUAGUACAACUGCUACAGAGGUUGCUGAGGAAGCAGGUAUUAUCGAGGAUGAGGUGAAUGUUGAUACUGCAGCGGAAGAUCCAGAAGUUGCAGUAUUGGAUGGAACCCAAGGCACUCCUGAAAAUAUAGCAGAGUCUGUGACAGUGGCUGCUUCCUUAGAUUUGGCCAGUGAAGCUACCACUGUGCUUGGGGAUGUAGCGGAGGAAGUAGAAUCGGACACUGCUGCUGAAGUGGUAGAGGAGGAUGCCACACAAGUUGCCCCUGCUGAUGAUGAUGCUGCUGCUGAGCUGGUGACUGUAGCUACUCCUGCAAGUGUAGUGGAAAAUGUGGUUGCUGCAGUGGAUGCAGUCACCCCUCUGACAGAUGCUGCAGCAGGAGAGAUCAGCAAUGAAAUUGUGGAGACUGCAGAUGUUCUACUUCCCGAAGAUCAGAUUGAGGCAACUGCCAAUGUACCCCUGUUAGUAGCCAAGAGACAAGUACUGGAGAACUCUGGUGAGACCUGCCUGAUCUACCGCUAUGGGUCCUUCUCCACAGACCUGGACAUUGUUCAGGGAAUUGAGGCUGUGCAGAUCAUUCAGGUGGCUAACGUGAACACGGCAGAAUCUUCGAAUGUGGUGGAUCUGACUGUGGCCUGUCAGGGCAGCUUGCCCAAUGAAGUGUGCACCAUAAUAUCAGAUGAGAACUGUGAAGUGCCACUUCAGACGACUUGUAGCGAGGUGCUGCCUACUCCUGAAUGCCAGCUUGUCCUCCGGCAGAUCUUCAAUGACACUGGAGUAUUCUGUGUCAAUGUGUCCUUGACCAACGGUGUGAGCCUGGCAGCAGCCAGUGCCCACGUCAACAUCAAUGCAGCAUCAAGUUCCUCGACAACUACCAUUACACUUCUGGUUCUAGGGCUGCUUCUGGUUGCCGGCGCAGUUGGUGCUGUAGCUUUUACCUACAGGCAUCGGCUGAAGGCCUACCACCCCCUUACAGAGGAGGGCCUGAACAGGAGGCCAGAGGAGGAAGAGCAGAUGUCUAUUCAAAGCUUCCUAAGGACAUUUUUGGGUUGGGAGAUUGUUGGGGAGAAUCGGCCCCUGCUACGAAGCCAGGUUGUCUAGGUUCAUCACUUUGCUAAUGCAUAUCCCACCAUCACAGCCCCCCCCCCCCCCCCAUUUUUUUUUU